AUGCCAAAUCCGUUUGAAGCAGCACACUUAGGUUCCGGAUUUCCCAUUCCUCCACUUCAUAUGCCAACAGUUCCUCUACUCGAUUUCUCUAAAAUCGAAGCUUCCGGCCGGAGUGAUCCUACUCUAAACUCACUAGUUGCCCACAACCCAAACCAGCCACACUUCGUUGAUCCAUAUAAGCUGUAUCUUGGUCUCCACCAGGCACAAUUACCAUUACCACAGCAAGGAGUUUCUUACAAGAAUCAAGCAGUGCUACAAGCUUGUACCACCAAGCCCAGUAGCAGCAAAGAAACCAGAGACCAUGAGAAUGACCUGCCUGGCAGGAGGACGUAUGGAAGAAUUUAUUUGCUAUCUGCCAUUUUGCUUAAGCUAUAUAAUAAAGUGGAGUUUUUGGAUGAAGAAAUGAGAGAGAAUCAAGUGGAGUUUGGUGUUCAUGAUUCUCAUGGCCAUUCAAGAUGGUUAAGACCUGUUUCUUCGAUGUCCUUUGCACAAGGCGGACCGCUUGCUGAGGCUUUACGACCUUUAUCCGUUGCUGGAGGUAGAGGAGUAGGUUCAAAUUCGAGUUCUCCAUAUGAUUCAAUAAGAUGA